AAAAUGCAAUUUGAGAGUUCUAUUAGUUUUUUAUUAUAUCUAUUAACUUAUUAUUAUUUAAAAGUUUAUUAAAUUUGCUUUUUAAAAUAAAAAGUAAGAGUAAAUUAAUAACGAACUGCAGAUAUAAAUAAGAUGGAUAUGCUCAAUGAGAUAAAGACUUAAGAUUUUUGUAAAAAAGAAUAUUUACCAGAUAUUCAAAGCAGGAUUAAACUCACUUAAGCAGCAUCGGAAGUUAAGGUAGAGAAUAUUGAUUGCCAGAGUAAAUACUAUUCUAUACACCCAUAAUAAUAAUAGCAAAGGAUUUAGAUAUAUUAAUCAACAUUUGAACCAUCAAAUAUACAAACAUGUUGCAGCUAAAAGACUGCUUGCUUCAGACUUUUAAAGGAUAGCUAAAAGAUUGAAAAUAUUUAUCAAAUGAACAAUUAUUUUAAUAGCUUAGGUGACAAGCUUCAGACCAUAGAGUUUUAAAAAAGAUACUAAGCUAAUUUUUAGGAUAUUAAGAAAGUUAGGUGUCAUAAAGUAAAAUAAGAAUUAAAUUUUUAACAUCUAAAAUAAUUGUACUUAGUAGCUAAUAAAUAUGAUGAAAACUAGAAAGUAUAUGAUUUUAUUUUAAAUUACUCUUUUUAAUAAUCAAAAUAUGGUCUGAAUAAAUAUAAUAUACAUGAAUAAAAAUCUGAAAAAAUAUUUUAAGCAUACAAAAAUAAUUAAUAAGAUACGAUAAAAAAUAAGCAUUCAAUUAUUGAAAACUUAGAAGAGUGGGCCAAUAAAACAAUCAAUUUACCAAAAAUCCCCUAGAAAGAUCUGUGCCUAUAGAUAUCAAAAUAGUUUUUCUUAUUUAUGGCUUCAAGUUAUAAAAUGCUCAAAAAAUUUGAAAAUCGUAAUCAAAAUCUAACAAGCAAAUAGCCUGCUCCUAAAAAAUAGAAAAACUAUAGCAAAGAGGAAGAAUACUAGCUGAUACAAUCAUUACUUGAAUCAACAGAAUCUAAUUUUGUAGAGGAAUUCAUACAAUACAAAAAUAUAACUGAGUCUUGGAGAUUAAAUUGGAAAAAUAACAUGAAUAAUAAAUUUGAUUAACCAAACGAAGAUUCAGUAAAAGAAAUAGAAUUCAAGUACUAAUUAAGUGAAGAAGUUAAAUAAAGCAGUGAUACCUAAAAAUUUAAUAAUUUUUGUGAACAGCAAUAAUGUUAAUAAAAUUAUAGUUAAACGCACAUGCUCUAAGAUAAUAAUAAUAAAAGCAUUAAUCCUAACUAAAUUAAUAAUUUAGAGACCAACUAAAAUUUACGUAAAAAAAAGAGUCAAAUUAUAAUAGAAAAAUAGCAAGAUUGCUGUUUGGAAAUUAAUAGCUAAGAUUAAUAUUCCUAUAAAGAAGAUAGAUAUGAAGCGAAUUACACUAAUUCUGAAGGAAAUUUUUAUAAAAAAAGAACUAACAAUUUUUAUAAUAUGCCUCGAUACUUCAUGAUGCUAAUGCUUGAGUUUCUUUCUGAGAAAAAUUUAAAACAUUUAAACAUUCAAGAUGGGAUAAGAUAAGUAAUAACUAAGAUUAAGCACAACAUAACGAAUUAGGGGAGGAAGAAAGGAUCAGCAAAAUCUAAUUUUUAUAAUCACACCCAUUAUAACUGUUUAUUUAAAAUUAUUGAUGACAAAUCGCUUUUUAAAGAGGAAUAAAAUGACAUAAAUUCAAUUUAAUAGGAUAAAAAUGCUAUCAAAAGUAAGUAAACUUAGUAAAAAUAAAAUGAUUUUGAUAAAUAAAUGGAUGACCUAAUAAAAAAAGUAUUUAGCAUUAAUAAUACUAAAACAUAAUAUAACAUUGCUUUUAUUAAUAUAUUUAAAGUGAUUAUUUCAUAAAUCAUAAAAUAUUAGCUGUUAAUAAUGCAAGAAUUACCACUUGCUGAAUAUAUUUUAGAAAACGGAGAAAGCUAUGAAAAAUCUAAAGUAAAUUAUAUUGCUAGAGUGAUAGCAGGAAUAGAUAAGCUAAAUGAGGGAUAUGAUAUUUAUCGCUUCUGA